GCGGCGGCCGGGGCUUCCCGUGGACGCGGCGGCGGCUCCGGACACCGGCGGCCACCCUCCUCCGUCCGUCCGCCCGUCCUCCCGUCCGUGCGUCCGUCCGUGCGUCCCUGCAGCCCGGCGCGGGGAUGUGGCCCUUGGUGCUGUGGCUGUUCGUGGGCUCGUGGUGCUUGGGUUCAGCCCAGCUACUGCUUAGGAAAGUCAAAUCUGUUGAAUUCACCGUCUGCAAUGAAACUGUCAUCAUCCCGUGCUUUGUCAGUAACGUGGAGGCUCAGAGCACCAAGGAAAUGUAUGUGAAGUGGAAACUGAACAAAACGUAUAUUUUCAACUACGACGGAAAUAGAAACAAUUCCAUUGUAGAAAGUAACUUUUCAAGUGCAAAGAUCUCAGUCUCAGAAUUGCUAAAGGGAGACGCCUCUUUGAAAAUGGAUAAGCGCGAUGCCGUCGUCGGGAACUACACAUGUGAAGUCACGGAGUUAAUCAGAGAAGGCAAAACGGUCAUAGAGCUGAAGUACCGCGUGGCUUCAUGGUUUUCUCCAAAUGAAAAGAUUCUCAUUGUUAUUUUCCCAAUUUUGGCUAUACUUCUGUUCUGGGGAAAGUUUGGCAUAUUAACACUUAAAUACAAAUCUACUCGAACAAGUAAGAAAAUCAUUCUGCUACUCAUCACCGGAUUAAUGCUCACCAUAAUUGUCAUCGUUGGAGCCAUUCUCUUCAUCCCAGGAGAAUAUCCAGUAAAGAAUGCUUCUGGACUUGGUCUCAUUGUAAUUUCUACAAUAAUAUUAAUAUUUCUUCAGUACAAUGUGUUCAUGACAGCAUUUGGGAUGACCUCCUUCACCAUCGCCAUAUUGAUCACCCAGGUGCUGGGCUAUGUCCUUGCUGUGGUUGGACUGUGUCUCUGUAUCAUGGCAUGUGAACCAGUUCAUGGCCCUCUUUUGAUUUCAGGUUUGGGUAUCAUAGCUCUAGCAGAAUUACUUGGACUAGUUUAUAUGAAAUUUGUGGCUUCCAAUCAGAGGACUAUACAACCUCCUAGGAAAGCUGUAGAGGAGCCCCUUAACGCAUUUAAAGAAUCAAAAGGAAUGAUGAACGAUGAAUAACUGAAGCAGAGUGAUGGGCUCCGGCUUGGGGAGUCAUGGAUGUGAAGGAAUCCACUUACGUUUAAGCACCAUGGCCUUGAUGACUCACUGUUGGGAAGAAGAAAACAAAACAAAACAAAACAAAAAAAAAGGAGCUGGCUUUCAUCUUUGAGAGAACAUGUCACUGACCCAUAAAUGGUUUUUACAGUUAAGUUUAUAUCAAAGCAGCUGUAAUUUAGUUAAUAAAAGAAUUAUAAACUGUGUUGUGUAA